AUCACCUUGGCGGGGCGGCGGGGCGGCGCGCAGAGCAGCGGCGGCUCUCGGAGGGGACGGGCUGGGGCUCACGUUGGGCGGCGGCGGUAGCGGUAGCAGCAGCGACAGACAGAAGAUUACUGCAACGAUGUCGAAGCACCACGAUGCAGGGACUGCUUUCAUCCAGACCCAGCAGCUGCACGCUGCCAUGGCAGACACCUUCCUGGAGCACAUGUGCCGCUUGGACAUCGACUCGGAGCCGACCAUUGCGAGAAACACCGGCAUCAUCUGCACCAUCGGCCCAGCCUCCCGCUCAGUGGAGAAGCUGAAGGAAAUGAUUAAAUCUGGAAUGAAUGUUGCCCGCCUCAACUUCUCUCACGGCACCCACGAGUAUCAUGAGGGAACAAUCAAGAAUGUGCGAGAAGCUACAGAGAGCUUUGCCUCUGAUCCCAUCACCUACAGACCUGUGGCUAUUGCACUGGAUACCAAGGGACCUGAAAUCAGAACUGGACUCAUUAAGGGAAGUGGCACCGCAGAAGUGGAGCUCAAGAAAGGUGCACCACUCAAAGUCACCCUGGACGAUGCCUUCAUGGAGAACUGCGGAAAUGUGCUGUGGGUGGACUACAAGAAUCUCACCAAGGUUGUAGAAAUAGGCAGCAAAAUCUAUGUGGAUGACGGUCUGAUUUCCUUGCUGGUUAAGGAGAAAGGGAAGGACUAUGUCAUGACAGAGAUAGAGAACGGUGGCAUGCUCGGCAGCAAGAAGGGGGUGAACCUGCCUGGCGCUGCAGUCGACCUGCCUGCGGUCUCUGAAAAGGACAUUCAGGACCUCAAAUUCGGUGUGGAGCAGAACGUGGAUAUGGUGUUUGCUUCCUUCAUCCGCAAAGCUGCUGAUGUCCACGCUGUCAGGAAGGUGCUAGGGGAAAAGGGAAAGAACAUCAAGAUCAUCAGCAAGAUUGAGAACCACGAGGGUGUGCGCAGGUUUGAUGAGAUCAUGGAGGCCAGCGAUGGCAUUAUGGUGGCCCGUGGUGACCUGGGAAUCGAGAUCCCCGCUGAAAAAGUCUUCCUUGCCCAGAAGAUGAUGAUUGGGCGCUGCAACAGGGCUGGCAAGCCCAUCAUCUGUGCCACUCAGAUGCUGGAAAGCAUGAUCAAGAAACCUCGCCCGACCCGCGCUGAGGGCAGCGACGUUGCUAAUGCCGUCCUGGACGGAGCAGACUGCAUCAUGCUCUCCGGAGAGACUGCCAAGGGAGACUACCCGCUGGAGGCUGUGCGCAUGCAGCACGCGAUUGCCCGGGAGGCCGAAGCCGCCAUCUUUCACAGGCAGUUGUUUGAGGAACUGCGUCGUCUGACUUCCCUGAACUGUGAUCCCACGGAGGCUGCCGCUGUUGGCGCUGUGGAAGCGUCCUUCAAGUGCUGCAGCGGGGCCAUUAUUGUCCUCACCAAGUCUGGAAGGUCAGCCCACCUGGUGUCGCGGUACCGCCCGCGGGCUCCCAUCAUCGCCGUGACCCGUAACGACCAGACGGCGCGCCAGGCCCACCUCUACCGCGGCAUCUUCCCCGUCCUGUGCAAAGAGCCGGCCCACGACGCCUGGGCGGAGGACGUGGACCUCCGCGUGAACCUGGGCAUGAAUGUUGGCAAAGCGCGAGGCUUCUUCAAGAGCGGCGACCUGGUCAUCGUGCUGACGGGCUGGCGCCCCGGCUCCGGCUACACCAACACCAUGCGGGUGGUGCCGGUGCCCUGAAGGACCGACCCCCAAACGGCAGCACCCCCCCUUCCCCUCCCCCACCCCCUCCUGCUCCCCCCUCCCCUCGCCUUAGACCAGCCGGCACUUGCGCUGUUGUCCUUGUCCCUAGAGCGGAUGUAGGUUGCUAAACACCACCCAGUGCAGCAGCAGGGGGAAAGAGACCUUAAAUCACUAAAAAAAAAAAAAAAAACCCUACAUAUAUAUAUACUUGAAGUGUUUAGUUUUUCUAAAAACCUUUCCCUAGAGCAGAGUCCUGCCCCGCUGGUGUCGACGUCGGGGGUUCCCGUGUGCUGCUGGGACUCUCUCCUAGUGACUGUCCUCAGGGGGUGCAGCGUCCCUUUCCCUGCCCAGUUUUGGGGGGAAGGGGAGAGGUGAGGGUUCCCCUGUCCCCCUCCCUGCACCCACACCCUGCCCCGUCCCUGUCCCCCCCCACUUCCCCACAGACCAAACCCUGGGUGCCUCCAGCCCCCUCUACACCCGUUUUGUUUUCAGGGGUGGGGGGUAGCGGAAGGGGGUUGGUUCCACCUCCGUGCUCAGAGCUUCCCGUGCUCCCCUCGCGGCGUUGUCUCUUGUGUUAGUCGUGUUUCCACGCACAUCCCCCCUGCACCCCCCCCCCCCCCCCGGGGGCGGUAGAGCACAACUCUCCAUCAAUAAAGAGAAGCUGAAGCACC